GUGCGGGAAUGUCAGCAGUAAUGUUGGGUUUGCGUGCUUAUAUUGAAACUGUUGCUGUCCUUUGUUCCAAAUCCUCUGUCCAGUGAUCGACCAUGGUUGCAACCUAAUGAUGAACAAAGAUGUGUGGGUCCCACUGGUGGCAGGUGGAUUGGCAGGAACCAUUGUUGAUGUUACAUUAUUCCCAUUAGACACAAUCAAAACAAGAUUGCAGUCAUCAAAAGGUUUCUUAAAGUCUGGCGGAUUUGGUGGAAUUUAUAGAGGAGUUUUAUCUGCUGCUUUAGGAUCAUUUCCUGGUGGAGCUGUGUUUUUCUGUGGAUAUGAAUUUUCCAAGAGUACAUUACAUCCAAUUUUAAAUCGGCCAACAAUUGUCUACAUGAUUUCAGCAAGCAUAGGAGAAAUGUGUGGAUGUCUAAUAAGAGUGCCAACUGAAGUAGUGAAGCAGCGGGCUCAAGCAAACAAAAAUCUCAACAGCUAUUCUUCUUUCCUUUUUACUAUAAGAGAAGAGGGAUUUCGAGGGCUUUAUCGUGGGUAUUUAAAAACAGUUAUGAGAGAGAUUCCAUUCUCAUUCAUCCAGUUUCCUAUAUGGGAGUAUCUCAAGAAACAGUUAUCAAAUCAUGAUGGCACAAUAAAUGCACUACAUUCUGGGUUAGCUGGUGCAAUAUCUGGUGCUAUUUCAGGUGCAAUAACGACUCCUUUGGAUGUUGUCAAAACAAGAGUAAUGCUAGCUGAGAAAGAGGCAGAGACAGCAAAGGCUGGUAUUAUACAAUUAGCAAUGAAAAUUGGCAGGGAUGAAGGUGUGCACAGAUUGUUUUCUGGCUUGGUGCCAAGAGUGGUGUGGUUAGCACUAGGUGGAUUUGUAUUUUUAGGAGCAUAUGACAGUUGCAGGCAUUUUCUUAUACAAUUAAAGUAAGAUUUUUAUUAAAGAAAGACAAGUGAGAGAGCAUGCCUGAGUCACAAAAAUCUUAAAAUGAUCCUUUACAAUACUCCUAAAUGAUUUGGAAAAACUAUUACUUGCUGUCAAAAUUUGUAUCCAAGUAUGAAAUAGUUGCAAGUAAAAAAGCAAAGCUGUACACUCCCAGUGACCUUGCUUCACACUCCAAUAGGCACCAUACUUUUAAUAUAUCGUGAAGGCAGCUGAAAAGUUGCAUGGCAUAUGUGCAAACUUCAACAAAACAUUGGAGUUGUGAAAAUGUUUAGAUACUUGUUUCUCUACUAGCUUUGAAUAUCCCAUUAAUAUCCCAUUAAUGCAUAGCUGUCUUAAUUUUCGAUGAGCCAUAUUUGCAAUAAAAACUAUUUAAUGUUUGUUUGUUUACUCCUUUAUUUUUUAAAUUGUAUUUCAUAUUUUUAGUCUUCUUAAUCAGGGUUGAACUUGUUUGAAUAUGGUUAUCAAAGAAUGCAAUAUUUCGACUCGAAAAUACUUUAUUAGAAAAUAGCUCUUAAGUAUAGUUGCUAAUUACUAUUGAAUAUUUUAAGGUGAAAAUUGGGUAUCUGGGAGUGAUUUUGUGAUCAUGCCUCCUUAGAAACCUUUUUACAUUUAGGUUUUUCUGUUUUUCCUUAAUUUUGGCAAAUAUUUUGGGAUAGAAAUAUAAACUUUGGUGCUAAUGAAUGUUUUCUCUAAUUAGAAAAUAGAUAAUUUUCAAAGUCAAAUUAUAGCUUUCCUUGCAAAGAAGACACAAUAUUUGAACAAGUUCUUUAGUUGCACAGGGUUAGAAAGCAUAGGCAAAACAAUCCCUGUAAGGGUUUAUCUAACUUUUCAGGAAACAUCUUUCUUGAUCUUAUUUGCAGAGCAUCUAUGUUAUAACAUUUUAAGGUUUAGUUUUCUCCAAUUCAUGUGAAAAAUGACUAUUUAAGUAGAUGAUAGCAAUAUUCCUAAAAUUGCCUCAAAUAUUUACAAAUUUUCAUGUAAUACCUUUAUAUCUCUAUGAAUUAUUCUACUAUGAUUUGUGUAUUUGAAUGUAUUUAUUCAUUGCCUAUAUUGAAACACUACAAGUGUUACUAAUCGUUUUAAACAUGUUAAUUGUUGUCACUGUGAGAUUUAUAGCUGUGUUAUUGAAGCCAGCUAGAAUGUGUAUUUUGUAUUGUUAAAUUUAAGCUAGUUGAGAGUG